GAUCCAAAAAAAUACGUCGCUAAAUUUAAGAGYUCAUCCCAGCCUUGAAAUGAAAGGGAAAAACACCUAYGAGAUCGUCUUCUUUGGAGCUGCAGGAGUUGGGAAAACUUCAAUUAUCAGACGUUAUUACUUAAAUCAUUUCACAAAUGUUUAUGACCCAACAGUGGAAGACUGCUACGAACGAGUACUCAACAUUCAUGGCAAUGUCAUCGUCUUGAAUACCACUGAUACAUCAGGUAGCUACCAGUUCCCUGCUAUGAGAGAGGUGGCGAUACAAAGAGCCAAUGCAUUUGUGAUGGUAUACUCUCUUGAUGAYCGUUAUUCCUUUAUCGAAGUCAAGAGGCUUCUCGAUGAAGUUAUCGCGGUCAAGAAAGCUGAUAACAUACCAGUUGUAYUGGUAGGCAACAAGAAAGACAUGGAACACAAAAGGGAAAUGUCCUCUGAAGAAGUUGUGAAAGAYAUUACCGACUAUAUCCGCGUCAAAAAUGCGCGACAAUUUAACUUACGGCAAAUGGAAACUUCAGCAAAAGACAACCACCAUAUCGACAGCAUUUUUUGCGAAAUUGUUGACAUUUUGACAGAUAGUUCAUGCUCAAAACCUGAAAAAACUACGAAAAGAGUCAUGAGAAGGUUAAAAAGCCUUGCUUGUAUGUGUGGCUCGUAUAGUCUCCGCGAGUGAAAACUGAAAAUGGGUAGACAAUAAAAAUCAAAGUGAGAUUUAUUUGGAUUAUACCUGGAUUAUUAAAAUCCCAUCAAAAAAAGGUAUUUUAAUUCAAGGCACGGAACAAAGCUGGUUCUCCGACAUCCAACAAGAACUUCGAAAACAACUGGAAUUCCAAACAUUUCCGAACUGGAUAAAGACAAUGUCAGUUAUAAACAUGUAUAAUACUAUAUCGAAAAUUCCACCAUGCCCUUUUGAUGGAAUUUUGAUUGAAAAUGUUGGAAAAAGGGUUUGCAAAUCUGCACACUGCUGGUCAAAUGGACAAAAUAAACUAUUUAAGGACUACAAAAGUUUGACCUAAAAUUAUAAGAGUAAAAAAAAAAAACAAAAAAAAAACACAAAAUGUUAGCAUAUCAUAUAAUUUAUACAACAGUAUCCUAUUUCUAGCCGGUCCGCAAUAUUGAAAUGCACUGGCCUUGAUAUMGGUAAUGCAUUCUACAAUUUCAGUACUCAGUGCUUUGUAAAAUAGCUUUAUACAAUAUGAUUCUCUGAAAAAUGGCGAAUAAAAUGAAAUACCGUGUC